AUGACAAAAGCCACCGCACACUCGGAAGUAGAAGGAGGAACCGGCCGAACACGUCGAGCUACGAAAGCGACUGCAGGAGGGAAGGGCUCAUACACAGCACAUAAGAUACCAAAGGGUUCGAAAGCGCAGAACAAGUGCGAGCCAUCAGGAUCAACCAAUCCACGAAUACAUCGGCAUAUCUCGAUCAUGAAUUGUGAUGAGGCGACAAUGACCGACCUGCUCUCGGCGAUCGUCGGGCUCUACAAAAAACACAAUACCCCCUACCUGAGGACCGCCCUGCAGGCGUCCUUUGGGAUCGCAAUGGGCUUGGCAGAAACAGAAAGGAAAACU